CGGGGCUGCGGCACGGGCCGGGCGGCCGGGCGGGCGACACCAUGGCGGCGGCGGAGCCUGCUGCUGCGGCGGCGGCGGCUUCUUCCGAGGCGCCGGUGGCGACUACAACGGCAGAGCCCAAGGCGGGGGAUGAGGACGGGGGCGAGGUCCGAGUGCUGCAGAGUCUGCGGGGCAAGAUCUGUGAAGCAAAAAAUUUAUUGCCUUAUCUUGGACCCAACAAAAUGAGAGAUUGUUUCUGCACUAUAAAUUUGGACCAGGAAGAAGUUUAUCGAACCCAAGUUGUUGAAAAAUCUUUAAGCCCAUUUUUCAGUGAAGAAUUUUACUUUGAGAUUCCAAGAACUUUCCAGUAUUUGUCUUUCUAUGUUUAUGAUAAGAAUGUUUUACAAAGAGACCUUCGCAUAGGAAAAGUAGCCAUCAAAAAAGAGGACUUGUGUAACCAUAGUGGCAGAGAAACUUGGUUUUCACUACAGCCUGUUGACUCCAAUUCAGAGGUUCAGGGUAAAGUUCACCUUGAAUUAAAACUGAAUGAACUGAUAACAGAGAAUGGAACUGUGUGCCAGCAGCUGGUUGUACACAUCAAGGCAUGCCAUGGGUUGCCUCUCAUCAAUGGACAAAGCUGUGAUCCUUAUGCAACAGUUUCUCUAGUGGGUCCUUCUAGGAAUGACCAGAAGAAGACAAAAGUAAAGAAGAAAACAAGCAACCCACAGUUUAAUGAAAUCUUUUAUUUUGAGGUAACCAGGUCCAGUAGUUACACCAGAAAGUCCCAGUUCCAGGUGGAAGAGGAGGACAUUGAAAAGCUAGAAAUUAGGAUUGACUUGUGGAAUAAUGGAAAUCUUGUCCAAGAUGUUUUCCUGGGUGAGAUUAAGGUUCCUGUGAAUGUGUUAAGAAAUGAUUCGUCUCAUCAAGCCUGGUACUUGCUACAACCAAGAGAUAAUGGAAACAAGUCAUCUAAAACUGAUGACCUGGGUUCGCUUCGAUUAAACAUAUGCUACACAGAAGACUACGUGCUUCCUUCAGAGUACUAUGGUCCUUUGAAAACUUUGCUGCUAAAAUCCCCAGAUGUCCAGCCGGUAUCUGCCUCAGCUGCCUACAUCUUGGGUGAAAUAUGCCGAGAUAAAAAUGAUGCUGUUUUGCCUCUUGUGCGACUGCUGCUGCACCGGAAUAAACUGGUUCCUUUCGUCACGGCAGUGGCUGAAUUAGACUUGAAGGAUACCCAAGAUGCAAACACAAUUUUCAGAGGAAAUUCCCUGGCAACCCGAUGUCUGGAUGAGAUGAUGAAAAUAGUGGGAGGGCACUAUCUGAAAGUAACAUUAAAAUCCAUUCUAGAUGAGAUAUGUGAAUCCUCAAAACCUUGUGAAAUUGAUCCUAUUAAAUUAAAAGAAGGAGAUAAUGUAGAAAAUAAUAAGGAGAAUCUGCGCUACUAUGUGGACAAGUUAUUCAGUACAAUUGUGCAAUCCAGUAUGAGCUGCCCUACCGUGAUGUGUGAUAUCUUCUAUUCCCUGAGGCAAAUGGCCACUCAGAGAUUUCCUAAUGACCCCCAUGUUCAGUACUCUGCAGUGAGCAGCUUUGUAUUUCUCCGUUUCUUUGCUGUAGCCGUAGUGUCACCUCAUACUUUUCAUUUGCGACCUCAUCAUCCAGAUGCACAGACAAUUAGGACAUUAACUCUCAUCUCAAAAACCAUUCAAACUUUGGGAAGCUGGGGGAGUCUGUCCAAAUGCAAGUCAAGUUUCAAGGAGACAUUCAUGUGUGAAUUUUUCAAAAUGUUUCAAGAAGAAGGAUAUAUCAUAGCAGUUAAAAAGUUCUUGGAUGAAAUUUCAUCUACUGAAACUAAAGAGUCCAGUGGUACGAGUGAACCCGUGCACCUGAAAGAAGGAGAGAUGUAUAAAAGAGCUCAGGGAAGAACUCGGAUCGGAAAAAAGAAUUUCAAGAAACGGUGGUUCUGCCUGACAAGCAGGGAGCUCACCUACCACAAACAGCCAGGUAGCAAAGAUGCAAUUUACACAAUUCCAGUAAAAAACAUUCUUGCUGUGGAAAAACUGGAAGAGAGCUCUUUCAACAAGAAAAAUAUGUUCCAAGUAAUCCAUACGGAGAAACCACUCUAUGUCCAAGCAAAUAACUGUGUGGAAGCUAAUGAAUGGAUAGAUGUACUGUGCAGGGUGAGCCGGUGCAACCAAAACAAGCUCAGCUGUUUUCACCCUUCCGCGUAUCUCAACGGAAUCUGGCUCUGCUGUCAGGAGACCAGUGAAAACACUCCAGGCUGUAAGCCGUGUACUGCAGGUGUUCCUGCAGACAUCCAAAUAGAUAUUGAUGAAGACAGAGAAACAGAAAGAAUUUAUUCCCUUUUUACCCUCAGUUUAUUUAAGCUGCAGAAGAUGGAAGAGGCUUGUGGAACUAUAGCAGUCUAUCAAGGACCACAGAAAGAGCCCGAUGACUAUUCUAGCUUUGUAAUUGAGGAUUCUGUAACGACCUUUAAGACAAUUCAACAAAUAAAAAGCAUCACAGAGAAGCUGGAUGAACCUCAUGAAAAGUAUAGGAAGAAAAGAUCAAGUAGUGCAAAAUACGGGAGCAAGGAAAAUCCAAUUGUUGGAAAAACAUCUUAGAGUUUGACCAAUUGAUUCAGAAGAACUGGAAAUUACUCUUUUUCUUGGAGUUUUUCAAUCCAUCGUAUGUCUUGUUUAUACUAUUUAAGAAUGAACAUUGGCUUCAAUGUCACUUGCAUUCACGCUGUAUUUAAUAUUUAAUGAUUGAAAUGAACUGUUGGGGACUCCCGGCUUUGAUGUAUCACUAGGGAAUUUGAAGCCCAAGGUUUCUCUCAUAUCCAUGUUCAAAUCUGUGUUCCUGCAGCUUCUUUUUAAUGAAACCAUCUUCCUGAAGAAGGUUCUAAGGAGCUCCAUAACAAAGGGUGCACUCCUCCACAGCAAGGAACCCUCUCCUCUUGUACCCUGUCCUGUGGACGCGCCCUCACCACCAUCAGUGCCUGCUCUACGCUGCCAUCGUGUUCUGCUAGAAAACCUCAGUCAUGUCAACUUAGAGCUUUCCGUGUAGUCAUCCCGACCCGCCCUCUCCCUUUGCUCCAUUGUCACUCCAGGUUAUGUUGGAGACAGUGACAGAAACCUUGGCCACUGCCAGAGCAUCCUGGAGAAUGCAGGUCCUCUUGCCUAUUCGUAGGUGUGACCAGACUCACCUAG